GAUAAGACCCAUAUUUUUUGGUCUUCCUUGGUGUUUGUUGCUUGUGUUCUAAUCUAACUCCUUCAACUAAGAUUGUACUUUUGCCCCUCUCUCGCUCGCUCUCUCUGUCUCUCACUCUCUGUCUCUCUCUUAUCUAUAAAGAAAACUUCCCUUCUCCCUCUUGUAAACCUCUGAUGCUGCUGUUGCUAACUAGAGGUGGUAGCGGAGCCUUUUUCUCUCAUCUUUCCUUCUUUGCUUGCAUUUCUCUUCCUUUUUAUUUUCCUCAUGCCAAUGGUAGCUUAGUUUCACUUCACAAUCAACUGUCAUUUAUGCACUUCGGACCUCAGUAUCUGUACUGAAAAGGAAAGGAAAAGAAAAGAGCCCACUUCCACUAUGUUUGUUGCAGUUUUUUAAUUUGUGAGUGCUCUUUAAGGUUUGUCUUUUUAACACCUAGUUCUUGCAUUGUAGAUUACUAAGUAAUUAGCUUCUUCAUUUAAAUAAUUCCUGUUCACCAAUAACUUUAGCUACCAUCCAUUUGUUAGAUAGUGAUAAAUUUUUUAGCCAAUAGUACCCUCUCUUCACCACCAAUAGUAUCUCUUGUUUUUUGCUCUAGAAAAUCAUUUGUUUGUUCUUCCUACAUGGAAGAAGCAGAAAUGACUAUACCCCACUUGUUCAUGUGUCCAAUUAGUCUAGAAUUGAUCAAAGAUCCAGUAACUCUAUGUACAGGCCAAACUUAUGACAGAUCUAGCAUAGAAAAAUGGCUUGCUGCUGGUAAUCUUACAUGCCCUGUCACAAUGCAGAAACUUCAGGAUCCAUCCAUGGUUCCUAAUCACACUCUUCGCCAUUUGAUUGAUCAGUGGCUGCAAAUGGGCACUCAGUUUGAUCCUGUUUUGUGUACAAUUGAUUGCUUAGCCUCGUUGAAGAAAAAUCUUGAAUCAGAUGAAGCUACCUUGGAGUACAAGUGUCAAACACUCCAAAAAAUCCAAGCUCUAACAGAGGAAUCACAAUCUGGAAAUUCUUGUUUGCUUCAAUUAGGCUUCUUGCCUUUAUUAUUGGAACUACUUUUUGGAAAAACAGAAUCCAAACUGUCUCAAGAAUGUGUUAAGUUUGCAGAACAAGCUCUUUCUUGGGUCCUAAGAUUGCUGUCACUCGGCGAGUACGAGUAUUUAAAUAUGCUAAACGAAGAGUCUAAAUUGGAGUCCUUUCAGGUUUUGUUUGAUCAAGGAACUGGCAAGAUCAAGAGGAGUUUGUGCCAAGUAAUAGAGGCAAUAUCAUCAUCCUUGGAGACAAGAGAACUCUGUGCUAAGCUUGGCAAAAACCGCAAACUCUUGAAAGGGCUGAUUCUUCUUGUUCACCAAACAUAUGAGGCAUCUGACGCCGGAAUAAAAGCUAUAUCUGCACUAUGCUGCUUGGAAUCAAAUAGACAGAAUUUGGUUCAAGAAGGUGUGAUAAAUAGACUCUUGACCUACAUUUUCGAUGCCGAAAGACAUGAAAGAAAUUUGGCACCUAAAGCAUUGUCAACAAUCGAGCUUCUUCUAGAACUAGAGAGUGCAAAAGCGGCUUUGAUCAAUAAUCCUAAUGGUAUUAAAGCUCUCAUUAAGAUGGUCUUUAGGUUUUCAGAGCACGAAGGCAGCGAAAGCGCUGUUCGAUCAUUGACGAUUAUAUGCACAGAUUCUUUACAGGCACGAGAAGAAGCAAUUGGUGCAGGAGUUUUAACUCAAUUACUUCUGCUUUUGCAGAGCCAGUGUAGUGCUAGGACUAAAACAAAAGCAAGAAUGUUACUCAAGCUGCUUAGGUCCAGGUGGGAUUAGGAACCUAAACAUUUGUAAACCACAAGAGUUUGGGCGUUUUUAUCCCUACGUGGGGUCUUGUUCCUACUUCCUGGUGUAUUGGCUUCAUGUGAUCUUUGUAUAGAUUAAAGAAGUCUCCAUGUUUCUAUGUUAUCAGUCAUUAAACAUUCAUUAAUCACUCAAAAAAUCCCUUUACCCUGACUGGAUUCAUGUUA